AUGAAUGCCCUGUGUAAAGUGAAGGACACUGCAGUCUCUCAUAGCAGCAAAUACACAGAACCUGGCCUGCCCCGGGAAGCAGCGCGCAGGCAACAGCUCACCUUUGCUUCUGAUGUUCAGGAAUAUUCGGAUGAGGAGGACUUGUCCACCAUUGGUGGUAGAAGGUUCCUUCUGCUUCCGAGCACUUCCAGCAAUUUGCUUGGUCGGAUUUGUACAUUGUUCCCAGCCCUUCAGCUUGGGCCACGUUCGCGGGCCCCGCCCCUGGAGCUCGCGCGAGUCGCCCGGCCUGGCCCGAGGAAGGCGGCGGCGGCGGCGGCGGCUGGAGGGUGGGCUGCUGCCGUGGCGCGCGCUCGCGGGGGCGAGCGGCGGGUCGGCCGGUGGCCGUUGGCUUCGGCCAUGGCGCCGCAGCGGGCGCCCGGGGGGCUGCGGUGGCUGGCGCUGUGGGGCGUGCUGGGCCUUUGCCCGCGGCCGGCGGGGGCCCUGGUGGAAGGCUUGUACUGCGGGAAGCUGGUGUGCUACGACGUGCUGGGCGUGAGCCGCGACGCCAGCAAGGCGGACAUCGCCCGCGCUUACCGGCAGCUGGCCCUCCGCUACCACCCGGACCGGCAGCGCGACCCCAAGCCCGGCGGCGAGGCCUCGGAGGAGAAAUUCCUCCUCAUCGCCACCGCCUACGAGACCCUCAAGGAUGAAGAAACUCGUAAAGAUUAUGAUUACAUGUUGGAUCACCCUGAGGAGUAUUACAGCCAUUACUAUCACUACUAUAGCAGAAGACUAGCCCCCAAGGUAGAUGUCAGAAUAGUGAUUCUGGUCACUGUCUGUGCCAUCUCGGUUUUUCAGUUCUUCAGCUGGUGGAGUAGCUACAAUGAAGCUAUCGGCUAUCUAGCAACCGUGCCAAAAUAUCGUAUUCAAGCCACUGAGAUUGCCAGGCAACAAGGGCUACUGAACAGAGCCAGAGAAAAAGGCAAAAACAGACGAUCCAAGGAAGAAAUCCGCAAAGAAGAAGAAGAAAUAAUCAAAGAUGUUAUCAAGAACAAAAUAGAUAUUAAGGGUGGCUAUCAGAAGCCCCAGCUGUAUGACAUACUCUUAUUUCAAAUCCUCCUAGCCCCUUUUUAUGUUUUUAAGUACAUAGGAUGGUAUUGUUGGUGGAUUUAUUGUUUCAAUAUCAAGAGACAAGAGUAUGGUGAAGAGGAAAAGCUGUAUAUCAUACGCAAAAACAUGAAAAUGUCACAGUCUCAGUUUGACAGUUUGGAAGAUCACCAGAAAGAGACUUUUCUUGAAAGGCAGCUCUGGAUAAGAGAGAAAUACGAGCUUUACAAACUAGAACAAGAAGAAGAACUGAAGAAAAAGAUGGCAAUGGAUCCUCGAUGGAAAAGAUAUAGGCGGUGGAUGAGGAAGGAAGGGCCUGGAAGACUGACAUUUAUUGAUGAUUGACAGGUGCUGUAAUGUGUACAGUCCCUGUUACAGAUGAGUGGCAAGUGAAUCCAUACCUAAAACAUUCAGAGUUUAACUGCUGUGUCUCAGCAGUGUUUUUAAAACUCAGGAAUUAAUCAGGCAG